ACAAUUCCCUUUGAUUUGUCCCCUUUCCUACAUCCCCUCCCCCCAAAAGAACUUCUCAUUAGAAAUAACAAUGUAUUUACAAGCUACCAACAUUUUGAAUGCAUUGGCAAUCAUCUGCGUAUUUCUUGUUUCUAAUGUCAACUUUGGUGAAGGAUCACAUGCACAUACCAUUCAUAAGAACGUCAUUGAUGGUCCUAUCUUAGCUCAAAAAAUCGGCGGGAAUCGCACCAUUGUAGUCGAUAUCAAUGGCAAUGGAGACUUUAAAACCGUCCAAGCUGCAAUCGAUUCUGUUCCCGAAGGGAAUUCAAAUUGGAUAAAUAUCGAACUUUCAAAAGGAAUUUUCAGGGAGAAAGUGCACAUACCUCAUACAAAACCUAAGAUAUUCUUGAGAGGAAAUGGAAAAGGUAGGACCUACAUUGUUUGGUCUCAUAGUUCUGUCAACAACAUUGAGUCUGCAACUUUCAAGGUUGAAGCUCCAAAUUUUGUUGCAUUUGGAAUAAGUUUCAAGAAUGAUGCUCCAACUGGGGAAGCAUACACGUCACAAAAUCAAUCAGUUGCAGCAUACGUAGCAUCAGACACGGCUGCAUUCUAUCACUGUGGAUUUUUCAGCACUCACAACACUCUCUAUGAUUCAAAGGGUAGUCAUUACUAUCAAGGAUGUUACAUUCAAGGUUCCAUCGACUUUAUCUUUGGUCGUGCUAGAUCCAUUUUUCAUGAGUGUGAGAUCUUUGUGUUGGUCGACCGGAGGAUAAAGAUCCAUGGGUCAAUCACAGCACAAAACAGGGAAAGUGAAAAUGAAAAAAGUGGUUAUGUAUUCAACAAAUCAAAGAUUUACGGCACAGAUCAAGUUUAUCUGGGUAGAGCUAAAGGUGCUUAUUCAAGGGUGCUCUUUGCAAAUUCUUACUUGUCUGGAACUGUUACUUCUGAAGGAUGGACUAAUUGGAGUUAUGAUGGCUCCACUGACAACAUAUUUUUUGCGGAGUAUGCAUGUCAUGGACCUGGAUCAACCACAGGUGACCGAGUUUCAUGGAGUCGUCGUCUGAGCGACGAAGAAGCGGCUCCUUUUCUCACCAUAGACUUCAUUGAUGGCAAGCAAUGGGUACCAGCAUGGUUGGAUUGAUCAAGUUUUUUCAUUCAUUAGUAGAUCGAGCUUGAAAUGAGAGGAUUCCAUGCUUAAAAAUAUAUGUAUAUGUAAUGUAAUACACGUACUAAUAUACUAAACGAUGAGGGUCUUCUAGUACUUUUUCUUUUCUUCUUGCCAUUGCAAAAAAAACAAAAUUAAAAAUUUGGUUCAAUGUCAUUCGAGCUUCAUGCUUA